UCAUUCAGUCGUCCGUCAGCAAACAUCCAGCGCGCUGCAGCCCAGGAAGAGGUUUGUGUGGUGCUGCGGGUUUUUGUGUUGAUUUUUGCCAAGCUGCUGGCCUUCGCGAAUUUCUUCACUUCUUUUUUGUGUGUCUUUCCCGUCUGUCCGGAUCCGGAUUUCGUCGGUUUUCUCGUAAUUGGCGUCAUCCGGCGCGGCUUUUCGUGUAAAUUUGGCGAUCAGUGGUGAAGUUUUUCUUUCUCAAAGACGCUUGUUUGUGUUGUGAUUGUGUGAGAAGGAAAAUUGCAAGCGAAGAUCUCAUGGGACAGAAGUGGAGACCAGCCGGAACGGGACAAAACGCGUGAAAGUGGGCUCUUCAAGUUGGGGCCACAGAUGGUUCGGAAAGGAAGAAAAAUAAAUAAACUUAAACAAAAAAGAAGCCAUUCUAAAAUUAGUUCACGCUUGAGUGACUGAAUUUUGCUGCUACUCGUUUCGCUCUCGUGCAUACUUCCAGAAGGAACCGCUCCUUCCUUGCUCUAGGAGCUUAAAAUGGUGUUGGUGGUGGAAGCAAUCGGUGCGGAUCGGCGGACGACCGAUCGGACGGAACUAGAACAGCCCUGACUCUACGCUGUCGGCGAACAGACGCAGCAGCAGAUUGGCAAUAAGUGUAACAACAAAAUCGUCGAAAAGAAAAUUGGCGAAGCAAUUGAUGAUAGUGGCGGCAUGUGAGAAAGCGAAACGAGUGAAAAAAAGAGUGACUUUUGAGGUCAGUGAAAAUGUUGUGUUUUUUUCGGUUUGGUGAUUUGAGAAGCGUUUCGUAAAAAAAGAAGAGAGUGAGAGGUGAAAUAAAUUCAAAUAAAAAAAGGAAAAGUGCUUUUGGAUUUUUCGAAAGGAUCAGGAUCAGAACGACAACCAACAGCAGCAGCAAGCCGGAUUGUGCCACGGAUUAUGAGCUCAAGCCGAUUGCCGAAAUUUCUGAAACCGGAUGACGAUUCCUUCUCAUCAGAACGCGACGCCGCCCCGGCCGAUGAUCACGUAACCUCGUUCGUGUUCAACGCCCACCAAUCGCUCAACCUAGCGGCCCAGCGGGACCGGCUGCCGAUUCGGGCCUACCGCGACCAGAUCCUGUACUGCCUCGAGCACUACCAGACGCUGGUGCUGGUCGGCGAAACCGGGUCCGGCAAGAGCACGCAGGUACCACAGUACCUGUACGAGUUCGGAUGGCACACGAAGGGCCUGAUCGGGGUGACCGAGCCGCGGCGCAUCUCGGCCAUCACGCUGGCGGACCGCGUCGCAACGGAACGGGGCGAGCUUAGCGGCGAAACGGUCGGGGUGGCGAUCCGCUUCGUCAACAAGUGUGACCCGACGGUGACCCGGAUCAAGUACAUGACCGAGGGCAUCCUGCUGCGGGAGAUGCUGGCCGAUCCGUUGCUCACGCAGUACAGCGUCAUAAUGGUGGACGAGGCCCACGAGCGGAGCACGUUGACGGAUACGGCGCUCGGGUUGCUGAAGAAGAUUGCCCGGAAGAGACCGGCGUUGAAGAUUAUUAUUUCGUCGGCGACGGUUGAUGCGGGGUUGUUUUAUGAUUUCUUUAAUCUUAAGAAGAAGAAGGAUGAGAAGGACACUUCGGUAAUUUUGACUGUUGAAGGGCGGAUGUUCCCGUACGAGGUGUUUUACUUGGAGGAACCGUGCCCGGAUUACGUGAAGGCUACUGUGGAGACGGUCAUGAAGAUUCACCGCACGGAGCAGCGUGGUGACGUUCUUGCGUUUCUAACCGGUCAGGAGGAAGUCCUGAAAGCGUUGGAUUUGCUGCGGGAGCAUCAGGAAGCCAGCGGAAAGGAGGACAUGAUGAUACUGCCGAUGUACGGAACGUUGCCGAACACGGAUCAGCUGAAGGUGUUUUUCCAUGCGCCGAAGGGAGUGCGAAAGAUUAUACUGGCGACGAAUAUUGCGGAGACGUCGGUUACGAUUCCGGGGAUCGUGUAUGUGAUCGAUUGCGGCUUCGUCAAGCUCAACUGGUACUCGGCGGAAAGCACAACCAACAGCUUGGUGGUCGUCCCGACGAGCAAAGCGGCCGCCGAGCAGCGAGCCGGUCGUGCCGGCCGCAUCCGCAGCGGCAAGGUGUUCCGCCUGUACACCGAGGAAGCGUGGGAAAAGCUUCCGGACCACACACCACCGGAGAUGCGCCGAACGGACCUCUGCAGCACGGUGCUUUACCUGAAGGCGCUUGGGAUUGAUAACAUUUUGCGGUUCACGUUUCCUUCGCCGCCUCCGGCGAAGAAUCUGCUUGCGUCGCUGGAAACGUUGUACGCGUUGGAAGCGCUGGACGAGCAGGGCCAGUUGACCACUCCGGUGGGGUACUUUUUGGCCGAGAUGCCGAUAGGACCGAUGCUGGCGAAGAUGCUGUACAAGGCGGGGGAGAUGGGAUGUUCGGAGGAGAUUCUGGUUAUUAUCGCCAUGCUGCAGGUUCAGUCGGUUUUCUCGAAACCGUCCAGUGGACAGGGCGCGAUUCGUGCGAGGGUCGCGAAGCGGAAUUUUGAAGUGGCCGAGGGGGAUUUGAUUACGCUGUUGAACGUCUACACCGCGUUUGUUGAGGAUGGUCGGACAAAGGAGUUCUGCGGAAGGAACUUCCUGAUUUACAGAAACCUCAAACGAGCGCACGAAAUCAAGACCCAGCUCUGCUCAAUGCUUGAACGUGAGCUCAACAUCCCACUGCUGUCUUGCAACGGGAACGUAGAGAUCAUUUGUCGCUGCAUCGUGGCCGGAUUCUUCCCGUACGCGGCCUACCUUCAUCAUUCCGGUGUCUACAAAACUGUCCGAGGAAAUACCGAGCUGUCAAUCCACCCGAUCUCCGCGCUCUACACCGAAACCCAGCCUCAGUGGGUGAUCUUUUGUGAGUUGUUGCACACCACCAAGCUGUUCAUGAAGGACAUCACCGUAAUCCGGCAGGAGUGGCUAACGGAAUUGGCCCCACACUACUAUCACAAGGUUACGGUGAGGAAUGAUUACUGA